AUGUUACGACAGACCAUCGCCAACACUUCCCGGGCCCUCCGCUCCACCGCCAGGGCCGGCGCCCAAAGACAGCUCGCCAGACCCCAGUUCAUCCAGUCACCAAUUGCCGCAGCCGCCAGGACAGUGGCACCGAGGGCGAGAUGGUACAGCGCUGAGGCCGAGAAGAAGGAGGCCGAGACCAAGAACGGAGAGGAGAAGGCUGCUGAGGAGACCGAGGAGGCCAAGCUCAAGAAGCAAUUAGAGGCCAAGGAGGCCGAAGUUCGGGACUGGAAGGACAAGUACCUCCGCUCCGUUGCCGACUUCCGCAACCUCCAGGACCGGACUGCCCGUGAAAUGAAGGCCGCCCGUGACUUCGCCAUCCAGAAGUUCGCCAAGGACCUCGUCGACAGCGUUGACAACUUCGACCGUGCCCUCACCAUGGUCCCCGAGGAGAAGCUCAAGUCCGAGGAGAAGUCUGCCCACCUCCAAGACCUCGUCAACCUCUACGAGGGUCUCAAGAUGACCGAGAACAUCCUCCUCGAGACCCUCAAGAAGCACGGCCUCGAGCGAUUCGACCCCCACGGCCUUCCCUUCAACCCCAAUGAGCACGAGGCCACCUUCAUGACCCCCAUGCAGGACAAGGAGCACAACACCGUCUUCCACACCCAGCAGAAGGGCUUCAAGCUCAACGGCCGCAUCCUCAGACCCGCCAAGGUCGGCGUUGUCAAGAACAAAUAA